AUGAGUCUUGACGACGUCGACAUGUCGCUUGGUGACGACUCGACGGACGGAUCGUCGCUCACGGCGCUCUCGGCGUUCGGCUCGUUUGACUGGAGCGACAUCGCUGUGCUCGACGAACUUGGCUCGGGCGAGCUUGGCACGGUCCUCAGCAUUGAGUACCAGGCCACGCCGUACGCGGUCAAGCUCCUCGAGCCGGGGGUGUCGGCCGGCGAUGUGGCCAACAGCAUGCUCCCGCUCUUCUCGCUCUCGCACCCGAACAUCUUGCGAUUCUUCGGGGCGACGACCAACGGCGACGGUCGGGUCGGCAUCGUGACCGAGCUCGCCGGCGGGGGCUCGCUCGCCGAUUUGCUCAGCGUUCCAGCGCGCGUGCCGCAGCUAGACGAGCGCAUGACUAUGAUGUACCACGUCACCCGCGCCCUGCACUACCUCCACUCCGAGUCGGUCCUCCACUACGACAUCAAGCCGGCCAACAUCUUCAUCACCACCUCUGGCGAGGUUCGCCUAGGCGAAUUUGGUUUUGCCUCGGUUGCCGAGCACGCGCGGCAAAUUUCGCCGAGAUACUGCGCGCCCGAGGUGCUCCUCGCCGAUGACGUUGCCGCCGGGGACGAGGCCUCGGACGUCUACGCGCUCGGCGCAACCAUUAUCGAGGUCCUCACGCUCGCCUCGGUGUUUGACGGCGACGCGACUGCCGCCCGCAUUGCCGAGCCGCACACCCGCAUCUCGGACGAUGUCGUCACUCGCUUUGUGGAGCUCAACCUCCCAGAGAGUCUCGAGGAGGCUGUGCUGAAUGCUCUUGAGCCCGACCCGCUUCUCCGGCCGCCGGUCACCCGGAUGCUCUCGGUCCUCCGCUCCGCCGACGCUCUGUUGCGGCGGCAGAGUUCGCUCGUCAAUCCCUGGGCCUCCGGCCCUGGCCGUAGCGGGCAAGCAAGCCCUGAAGCCCUGCUCCAUGAUCUCGAGCAGUUGUGGGACGAGGUGCGCCUCACCGAGGAACCGGGCACCCUAGCGUCGGCACUUCCCAAGCUUAUCGGCCUUGUCGGGAUCCUUGUUCGCGCCCUCAUUCUGCUCAAGCCGAGGACUGUGCUUCUGCGGGUGUUCGAGGGCGUGCUCGAUGAGAUCAUUGGCCGAAUCCUCCUGUUCAACCUCUCGCGCCACGGCCGCGAGCUCGGCAAAGUGGCGUGCUCACUGCUGGAGAUGCUCGGCAGCCUUCUCUGUGACGUUGUUGUUCCGACCGAGGCCGAGACUGUGCUCGGCGGUGGGGAGAUGAACUUGUCGCUCGGCACCCAUUUUCUCGCCCGCGCGCUGCGCCUCCUCGUCAGCCCUGGUGGGGUGUACGACGGAGGCGCUGAGCUGCCGCGCAGCCGGGAAGAGCUUGCCGCGUUCGAGGCCACGUUGUAUGUGGUCCAUGGCGCACACGUGCUCUGUUUGCUCGAGGCUCGCGCCCGCCGGCUCCGCGACACGGCGCCUGACGUUGACAGCGGUGUCGGCAAGGACACUGCUGUGGCUCCUCUGCCAGAAACAAUGGCCGUCUGCAAGCUUGUCAUCUCACAUCAGAUUGCUGCUCUCCGCCUCAUGGACGAAGCGCUCGACGCCGUCCCUGCCCGCGUCCGAAUGGCCGAAGUUCGGACGGCCUCGCUCUGGCAAUGGCCGCACACCAAGACCGCGCUCGCGCUGAUCCACGGCGCCUUUCGCGCGUACUGCGUCGUCCCACGGGCGCCGGCCGCGCUCGACGCCGAGCUGGCCAGCCUCCGCCGCGAGCUGGCCCCGGUUGCUACGCGGACGGCAUCGGCGUCGCGGGCCAUUGUGCCGCGCGCCCUCCAGUUUGCGCUUCGGCUUGUCCAGUUUGGCCAGACCUCGAUGGCGCUCCGCACGGCCCACAUGGUCUCGCGCUUCCUCUUUCGCCCGGAGCAGAUCGAUCGGUUUACCGUGACAGAGCGCAAGCUCGUCAAGCGGCUCUACAGCGCGCUGGCGCAAGCCGAUACCGAGGACGACGCCCUCCGCGCGCUCGUGAGGGUUCUCGGCCUCCUCCGCCGCAGGCGGUACCGCGCGGCCGCCAUCUCACUCGCCCUUGCCGACUAUUGUGCGUCGGCACGGUGGGCGCAGUACGCGCGCCGACUGGCCUUUGUGCGGCGGCGGGUGUUUGGCGAGGCAGCGCAGACUGGCUACAGCCAAUUUGCCGAGCUCGAGCCAAGCGUCGACGCGCCGUUCAAGACGCUCGCCGACCGCAUUGGCGAGCUUCUUGGCUACACCGUCCCGGUAGGCUCGAAUGACGCGGCACUUGUGCCAGGGUCGCAGGCCGCAACCCGGACGUCGCUGCUCUCGGCGCUCAUGUCGAUUCUCAUCGCUGACAUUCUGCAGGAUAUUGUGCGUAUGCUCGGCUCGCCGCCAGUCGAGUACGCUGUGUUGGGCCUCGGGUCGCUCGCCCGCGGCGAGCUUUGUCCGUACUCGGACCUCGACAUGGUGGUUGUGGUCCGCGAGUCGUCGCCAGCUGCAAGUGCAUACUUUACAUCGCUCGCCGAGGUUCUUGAUCUCAUGGUCACCGCCCUUGGCGAGUCGCCUGUCGACAUGGGCAACGGCAUCUCCUCGCCGGUUGUCCACGGCUUCCGCAUGGACGAGGGUCCGUUCUCGGGCUCCAACACGUUUGUCCUCACACCGGAGGCACUCGCCCAGCGCCAGCGCGAGGCCAUGACGGACCUCCGUGCCGGACACGACGUCGAUCCCGAGACGUUUGGCUUGCGGACCGCCGCCUACCUCUCAGGCUCCAAGUCGCUGUACUUUGAGUAUGCCAACGCUGUCCGCACUGUCCUCGACGAGUCUGUCGUGGCCACCCAGCAGUUUGCGAUUCUUAACCUGGUGGCCAACCUGAAGGCCUUUACCCCCGAUGGCCUCGCGGCGUCGUUUGCUCCCGACUCUGAUAGGAGCGCGGUCAUUGACGUCAAGAGCGCACUCUGUCGGCUUGUCUCGUGUCUCCUCGACGGCCUGGCACUUUUCUUCCGCAUUCCCGAUGCCAACACCUACGCCCGCAUCGAAAAGCUCAUGGAGGAGAAGCACAUCCACACUGACCUUGGCAUCACUCUCUCGUACGCCAUCGAGUGGAUUUUCAACUUUCGGUCGUCUAUCCACAAUCGGAUCGGGCACGAGUCUGACUCGGUGGUGAGGGCCAACGCGCCGACGCUCAAUCCGUCAGUGAGCGGGAGAGCCAGUCGCGCUGUCGGGCGCAAGUCGGGCGCGCCCCUCGAGAUGGACCCCGUCGACGACGAGGAGCUCGCCGCCCUAACCCGCUGCGUCAUCGAGCCGCUCCACGCCCUUGUCGCCGCGCACUGUAUUCGGCACAUCGACCUCAUCCCACCUGCGCUUGCAGAGCGCUAUCUCGUCAUGCUGCCGCACGUGAGCAGCGUGCCAAACGCAUCGCCAGCAUCGCCGCUCAACUCACCGCUCCCGCUGCACGCAGCGCGGUGGAACCACUUGCUCCUUCUUUGCUCGCGGACCGUUCCGGCGCCGUAUCCGGAGACCGCGCUGGCCGCUCUGCCGCCGAGCGCCGACACGCUUCGGCGCGGUACGUUCUGGAUGACCUCGUCGGUGUCUUCUGUUCCGGUCUGUGGUGUGCUCAAGCUGUCACUCGCACAGGCGCUCGUCGAGCGUGCACCUGCCGUAGCACUCGGCAGCAGCACAACGGCCAUCCAGCUCGGCCCGUUGUUCUUUGUCGAGCUUGACUCGUGCGAGCAGCCCGAGCUGCCGAACUUGUCCAUGCAGCUGGCUGCCGCCGCUCUGCCUCAGAUUCUCUUCCACGGUGCGGUCCAGCGAGUUGAGGCUGCCAUCGUGUGGGAGGAGGCGACGUCGCAGUUCUCGACAUGGCUUGUCUGUGAGGCCUUUCAAGUUGCUAGCCCGCUCGGUGGCAAGCCUCCGCCGGAGCCGCCGGAGCUCGAUGGCGUUUUCGGUGCGGCUGGAAGCCGGGCGAGCAUCGGCCUGCGCAGCUCUGAUGACCAGAUUAUGGAGGCGUCGACCUCGCCCACAAUGGGCGAGGCUGUUGAGGAUGCCGGCAUGAUGGCUGCCACGGCGUCGCUGGCGGCUGGUGGCAGCUCGUCUAGUCUCGCCAGGUUGCCUUCCGAGGCUGUAGAUGAUGCCGACCUGGAGCUCGAGUCUCUCGAUGAGGCUUGCAUGGCCAGCGGCAGCGGAAAUGUGUCUGAGACCGUGGAUGACGCCGAGACCGUGGACGAUGCUGGCGAUGGGAUCUCGGCGAGGGCUAGGGUGCGGCGCGAGUCGCGGCUGAGCUUCUCUGGCUCGAUCAAGAUGGUGGCCAACGGGGCUCAGACCGAUGUGGUCGAGGCACAGCGAUGGGCGCCUGACUCUCUCUCUGCACAAGAGCACACUCGGCACCUCCUUGUCUCGCUCCUGACAGCGUGCUCGGGCUUUGGUCUGGACGACUAUGUGUGGACAAGCGACGGCCGGCUGAUGUGGACGCUGGCUCGGUGGCCGGUCUUUACGCGCGCGCAGCCUGCAAUCAGCGGCGGCAGCGCGCAUCCUGCGUACCUCCCGCUCCUCUCGAAUGGACUGGCACUCGUGCUCACGGCUGAGCAUGCUGACGGGCCGAUUGACUUGCUCACUAUCCAGGACCUGCUCCGGCUGCCAGCAAGUGAGCUGAUCGAGAUGUGGCUGAAAAUGGCUGCAAGCGUCGCGAGUCAGGUCCGGCUUCUAGUCGGCAUUUGUACCCAUGUGAGCGUGCUGCCGCCAGCGAGUAUCCGGACUUUGCAGCGCGGGACAAUCGCUCAAAAAGCGAGCGAGGCUGUGAGCUGGAUGCUGAUUGUGCUCGACCAGAUCAAGCGUCUGCUACACGCUCAACCGCUGCGGCUGACCAAGCUGCAGCUUUUGACCUCUGUCAUCCCACCAUUCCAGCAUGUGGCUACCUUUGUACGGCUGAUGCAGCGGCUCCAUCCGCGAGGCCUUGACCUGCGCUUUGUCCACACUGCGCUCAGGCACGCGCUGGUGACUCACCCGUCGGCGCUAGUGACUGGCGUCGGACUCGACACGGUCGUUACUGAUCUCCCGACCGACCACUCCAAGAUCGCGACUGUGUUGACCAAGGAGCGUGCGCCGCUAGGUCACGAUGUGACGGUCUUUGUCGGGUUUAUGCAGUCGACGCUAGCGACACUGACUCGAGGACAGAUUGGCGAAGCCAUGGAUGGCUUUCUCGCCGCGAUCUUCUGCAACGCUCGGCUCGGCGGGUUUGAUGGCGGGAAAAGCGAUGCUGUGGUGAAUCCGCAGUCGCUCACGCCACAAAGCUCGCGGCUGCGGGCAAACACGGCCAGCAUUAAUGCGGUCUCGAGCCAGUGCCCGGUGGAGCAGCACGCACGCGACCGGACGUUCUCGCUGUUUGGAGGAAGCGAGGCUCGAACGGUGCGAAUGCGCGGCGCUACGGUGAUCGGUGAUGAGCUGAGCAUCAAGGUCGGAGCGAGUCGCAUACCGACACGGACACAGACGACGCUCGAGUUUCGCCAGAUCGGCGCGGUGCUGGGCAAGGCACUAGCGGCAGAUGCUGUGCUCCGCGUGGCUCUGGUUGAAUUGGUAGCGUCGCUGGCGCAGCCGGUCACCGACGAACUCAUGGUGCUACUCGCUGGCGUGCUUGGUGCCGAGUCUCGGCUCUCAUCGUUGGCCCUGCUCGGCAUUCCGGAGACGCCGUCGCGUCUCUUUGCGCUUCUUGGCGAAAAGAGCCGACGGCAAGCGAUGAUGGCCAAGCUGCGGCGGGCGUCGAGCAGUUCCUCUCUGCUGCAUGGGCUCUGUUUGGCAUCGGGCUCGCUGCCGCGCAACUCGCUUGUCCGGGCGCUGUCGUCGGAUGCCAAUGCUAUGGCGCUGACGACGGUGACCCUGGUAGGAGUGAGCUCGCUUACUAGCUUUGCCAAGUCUGGAGUGACGCGGACGGCGGUCGUCCCGCUCUGCCUCCCGGCAUUGCGAACACUCGAGCUCGCGUGGUGUCCGCAGCUGGAGUGCGUGGCGAUUGAUGCUCCGGGUCUGCUGGUGGUCUCGCUCGCCUCGCUCACGCGUCUGCGGGUGAUGCGGCUGGAUGAGGCGAAGCCUCAGACGGUGCUGGAUCUGAGUAAGUGGCGGACAAUGUCAGACACGCGACUGGUGCAGGUGCUUGCCGGGCUGCCGCCGCUGACGGUCGAAUUGGACUCGCGGUCACAGAUAAGCCGGCCAAUCCGUGAGGCUGUUACCGCGGGUACGCUUGGAAAGGUGCUCACGGUCGAGGUGUUGAGCGGUGCGGAGGAAGAGGAAGAGUUUAUGUUCCUGUCACCCUCUGCGUUCGUCGGAACUGAUCUCGACGCGCUGGGCGAGAUGCACACGUUGCUGUGGCAGAUGUUCAGCUGUGGGCGGGCGUCGGCAACAUGGUACGCCGAAGGUGGCUCGAUGUCGCGGACGAGCGAGCCAGGAUGGAGUGCGCCGGCGGACUGUCAGCCGGCGCCGAGCGGCGGGCCACUGGGCGACGUCGCCCGGGUGGUCGAGUGGCUGGAUGAGACGCGCGGGCUGAUGACGCCUCAACGUGCGGUACAGCUUGUGUCGCGGCACGUGCUGCCUGGGCUGGCGCGGACUGAGCUACUUCUCCGACAGGAUCUUGCGGUCUUUGUGGUGCUUGUGGAGUUCUCAGAACGGAUCCGGCGGCUGCACGUGACAAACCAGGUUCUACUCGACAAGGCUGGAUUUCUGCGGAUGCUGACGAGCUUGCAGGAUCGGCGGUCUUGGGUGACGGACGUGGUGCUUUGCAAUGUCGAAGUAAGCGAGUCGUUGAUGACAGAGCUGGCGCCUGUUCUCUGCCACUCGUCGGCGCACUCGCUCAACUGCAUGCGGGUGAAAGUGAGCGAGGGCGCGGUCCGGCAGCUAGGCGAGGCGCUGAUGGCGGCGGACAGUACGCUUUUGAACAUGCAGAUGGUGGCUUGUGAGCUGACCGACGACCAUGCGCAGUGGCUGGUACCGGUUCUCCAUGCGGCGGAGUCGCCGCUCGAAGUCCUCUCACUAGUCGACAACAAGUUGACGCCACAGUGGCUGAUGCCGGGCGAUGACAAAAGCGUCGGUCUGGGCUCAGCGCUGCAGUCACUCGAUCUGAGCUUUACGCCGGGUGUGCUACGGCUGCCGCGUAAGCGGCGUAAGGCACUGACCGGCAAGUUUGCGUCGACACUUGCAAGCUUGAUGCGGAAGCUCACGGUCUUGCACCUCACCGAGUGCGGAGUGACUGACGAUGACGUCGAGGUCCUGGUCACUGCGGCAAAGCAGGCCGAGUGCCCGCUUGUCCGGCUCGAGCUCGGGCGCAACGCUAUCAAGUCGCGCGGCGCUGUGCUCGUGGCUCAGUUGAUUGCGCGACCAGGCUCUCUGCUCUCGCAAGUCGAGCUCUCGCGAAACCCUAUUGGGCCCAAGGGCGCGGCAGCUGUGGCAAGAGCGUUAACAUCGCCGCAUGCGGUGGUGACCUGGCUUGGCCUACGGGGCUGUGGGAUCAAGGACGCCGGGUUCAGCAGUGUAUUCAAUGCAGUGGGUCAGGCCGGGCUGCGAAUGACGGUUCUCGACGUGGGCGAGAAUAUGCUGUCGUCGCGUAAGCGCGACAAGUCGUGCGACGCGCUCAUCCACAUGCUGGAGGCCAAGUCGUCGCCGUGCGUCACGUCGCUCUUCCUCGACUCGAUUGGAGUGUCGGACCUGGCGCUCUCGUCGCUGACCAACGUGCUGAGCCUCGGCAAGAACCAGCUGGUGGAGCUCUCGCUGGCCGGCAACAAGCUGACCGAGCGGUCCAUGCGGAGCGUGUGCAUCCUGUUGCGGUCUCCGACAAGCUUCAUCAUGAAGCUGGACGUGUCGCGGUGCUCGCUGACGGAUGCGAGUCUGGGAUGGAUCAACGAGGCGCUGCAUCACGAGAACUUCAAGCUGAGCUACCUCGCGGUCGGCGGUAACGACUUGAGUCGGGCUGGGCUGCUCGACUGGAGCGCUGACUGGCGCAGGCCGCCAGCAGGCGAUCUGAUCAUCGACCUGGGCGCAGUUCGCGAUACUUCGCUACCGUCGAACGCGGCGACGACCAAGCUUUUGUCGUCUGUGGGCGACAUUGCGCCUGGUGCGACGUCGUGGAUGACGGUGGAUCCUGUGGCGGAGUCGCAACUGCGGUCGUCCGCGUCGUCAUCAUCGGAGGGGCUUUCAGCCAUCGACUCUGAAGAAGUCGGUAUUGUUGCGCGACUGCGGAGCCGCGGCGCAGCGCUCGGCAUUGUGGUGUGGGACGCAGCAACGGCUCGGGUAGCCGUAUCGGGAACUUCGGCGAUGUCGCGACCGUAAUUGGCUGUAGUGCAGCCAUUUUAAACGAUACUGCUACCAC